UUAAAUCUUUUUGUGGAUGUGGUACAGAAGAAUCUGGUGAAAUCUUCUUCUCACUUUUCCCGGCAACAACCUGCUCUUUCUUGUCGAUUGACCAUGGCAAGGGUCCGUUGCUACCUGUGGCGCACUUUUGUUCUUAUAACUAUACCAUCUUUGCUGCAACCAUGCCUCAAUAUCGACCUUACCAUUAUCAGCUAGGGCUGCUGCUGCUUCUCUUGCUAGAAAAACACACCGUCAUACUAGCCACGACGUCCUCCUCGACCAACACCAACACCACAACUGCUGCACGGCACGAUUCUGCCUUGUACAAUCGUCUUCGAGGCUACUAUGCACUACAACAACAGCAACAACAACCACCACUACAUGUAGAACGCAUCAUUGACAAGGGCGCUAUAGCUCAAUUAACGGAAAAAGGCGUCGAUCCCUCUUCGGAUCAAUUCGUCUAUCAUCCUCCCGGCCACGAAGCCAAUCACAAUGCGUAUCCAUUCUUUGGUCAUUGGUCGCAUGCCAUGUGCGGCGUCUCCAUUGUCCACGACGAUAUAGUCCUCACGGCGGCCCACUGUGGUCGCAAGGCGAUGGAACCCCAUUGGCGCAAGAGUAUGCGGUUCUUGAGCAAGUUUCGAAAAGAAGGCGGCAUUACCCGAGCAGUGGCGCACAUGGAACCGCAUCCCGACUUUUUUCAGCCGCAGCAAAUUUACGACUUUCAAUUGGUCAAGAUCCAAGCCAGUGCGUUGGUAGCUACCAAACAUGACGACAACAACAACAAGCAAGUGGGGGCACCCACGGGAGUCCAAAUUGUCAAACUCAACUACGAUUCCAACAAACCAAAACCGGCCGACGAAGUGCAAGCGGUGGGAUUCGGGACCGUUACUCCCGAUGGGAGUACUGGCAAUUCCCGCGUCUUGAUGGAUGUUACCCUGCAAGCAUUUUCCAAUGAACACUGUGAACGACAAUACGGUGGUCAAAAGAUCAAAGGAGAUGUCAUGAUUUGUAUUGGGAGUCUCGAUGGAUCCAAAGAUACCUGUCAGGGCGACAGCGGUGGUCCCAUGCUGGACAUUCACAAUGUACAGGUUGGUGUGGUGAGCUGGGGUGAGGGCUGCGCCGAGGCAGAUCAUGCUGGAUUGGCCAGUCGAGUGAGUGCCGUCACGGACUGGAUUGAACGAGAAAUCUGCCGCCUCAGUGCCAUGCCUCCCAAAACAUGCAUUGAGCGGAACAUGCCCACCACCUGCUUUGACAAGCGAUUGCCUUCGGGAGACAGUGAAGAUGACAAGGGAACCUUUCAAAUGCGGGUCACGGUACAACACGACCAUUCUCCAAAGGAAACUUCCUGGAGUGUGACCCAUAUCGAAAGUGCAACACUCUUGUAUUUUCAACCAUUUGAAAGUGUCCCAGAGCCAUUCGUUGACGUGUCGCAUGUCUUUCACAACCUUGUCGCGGGGACCUAUAAUUUUGCGAUUAGUGAUACCGAAAAGGAUGGCCUAUGCUGCGAGUUUGGAGAAGGCAGUAUCGUGAUAACCAACCACGGGACUGAGCAGGUUUUGUGGGAGCAUAAUGGCAAGUUUGAAGAGUUCCUCGGAGUCACUAUCAAGCUCGAUGAGGCAGGCAAUGUAGUUUCGCUCGAGGAAACUACCGAAUGGAUCAAUCCGAGUGUCCGUGUCAGCAAGGCCAAUGAGGACAAACUCGCAAAUGCAAAUGGCGAUGCCACAGCAGGGAACAACGAAAAGCUGGAUGGAUAGUAGAAUCAUAGUAGUUUGUGAGGGGCACUGCCAGCCAUGGCUGUUACCGAGUUGCCAAAUUAUUGGUUGGGCCCAUAACUAUAGCCACUUUCCGGUAGACUACUCCGUAGCUAGCUAGUAUCCAGGUUGAGCG